AUGCAUCGUGUUGGACUUGCCUCUAGGUCCAUGUCGUCGACCGCUGGUCGGGGAGCUGUGCGGGUGUCCAGGAGGCGUCUUGCGACGGAGGCCUCUGAAGCGUCGACAGUAACACCAAAAAAGAAACCUCGGAUUUUCAGGCGGAUUUUCUGGACCACGGCAACGCUUACCGGCACCUUUUACGUCGGCAGCACCUUCGUCUCGUUCAACAACCAGACCUAUUAUAAUUUCUUCAACGACCAUGUCCCUCUUGGUCAAUCCAUGCUUGAAUAUGCUGAAACGCAUCAUUGGGACACCCUCACAGUCGCAACGGCAAUAGAAUAUACCAAGGACGCCGUCAUUUCUGUUCAGCGUUUCGUCACUAACUCAAUUAAUGGUGCACCUAGCGCCAUUGAAAACGCGAAGCAUAUGGCCGAGCAGAAGGCCGGUGAAGCGCGAGACGCAGCUGUCAAGACUUACGAAUCGUCGAAGGAGCGGGCCAAGGCGGUUGCCUCGAACAUUAAAACGGAUGUACGGAAAGUAGAGGACAAGAUCACGGGAAAGCAGGACGUCUUAGAGAAGCAUCGAGAGCAACAGAUUGCCGACGAACUCCUUGAGCUCGUUCACCAGGCUGAAGACGCGUUGGCAGGCAAGAUACCACCUCCUGCUGUCCCUGCUGCUCCUGCCCCUGCCCCUGCCGAUACACCGAAAGCCCUUGAAACCCCUCCAGAAAGCCCGCCAGUGAUCCCAGCUCCUGAGAAAGUAGCUGAUAAUGUGUACACGGAACCGUUACCUGUUGGAUUCGAACCACCUCCUGGCUUCCAACGUCCCGCACCACCUCCCAAAAAAGAGGCACCUCCUCCCGAACCUCCCGCUGCACUUCCCCUCAUCGCGCCAUCAAUUGCUGAUGUAUCCGACCCAAUCAUCAAGCACCUGGCUGGCACCAUCGAUGACCUGGCUUCGUACCUCAAAUCCAACCCUAAUGCCGCUUCCCAGAUUACCCCCGUACUAGAAGCUGCCAAGGGCGACUUGUCUUCUCUCGUUGACAAGAUUGAGACUGUGAAGGACGAAGAACGGGCUGGACUGCAGGCAAAGAUGGACGAACAGACCAGGGAAUAUACUAUCAAAAUGAUUGAACUGGAGAUGGAAGCUCAGGAUAAGCUUGAUAGUCAAGAGGAUGAGUUCAGGAAGGCAUUCGACCAGCACCAGGUUGAACUGACACGCGCCUACCGGGCGAAAUUGGAUAAUGAGCUCAAGACGCAUCUCGAAAUUAUCAAUGAGAGACUCAAGGAAGAAGUCAUUGCGCAAGGAAUUGAGCUCCAACGUCGGUGGAUUCGCGAAAUCAAGGUUCGAGUAGAACAAGAACGUGGCGGACGCCUUGCCAAACUCGACGAACUCUCCACGCAACUCAAGCGUUUGGAACGUAUUGCUCUGGAUAAUUCGGUUUAUUUAGACGAGAACAUCCGGAUACACGCUCUUUGGACCGCAGUGCGCACACUGACAUCUUCUGCACUCUCAUCUCCUGUACGAAAACCAUUCCGUGAGGAGCUCCGGAUCCUCCGGCAUGUUGCUACUGCCCGUGAAGAUCCAGUUACCUCUGCUGCCCUUGACGCUCUCGAGUCAACCGAAGUCCCUGACGUUGGUGUUGAGCCAUUUGCUGACCUUGCGUCGUGGUUCACGACAUCUGUUGCUCCCAAGGUGUCUAAUGUUGCAUUGGUGCCCGACCAAGAUGCUGGAUUGCUUUCGCAUCUUGCCAGCCACCUUCUGUCGAGCUUCCGGUUCAAGAGGCAUGGCUUGGUUUCCGGUGAUGACGUCUUGAGUGUUUUGGCGCGGGCGGAGUACUAUUUGAACGAAAAGGACCUCGAUAGUGCUACACGAGAGUUGAACCAGCUCAAGGGAACUGCCCAGGUUCUGUUGUCUGAUUGGUUAGAAGCUGCGCGGAGACGCCUGGAGGUACAACAAGUGUUGGAGGUGGUACAAACUCAGGCUACGUUAGCAUCGUUGUUACUUGUGUAA